AUGGAAUGCAAGCAAACAAAAACAAUAAGAACUAGAAGAAUCAAAAAAAAUUUGUUAUCAAAAAAGUUUAUUUCACUUCUGAAACCUGAUGAUACGAUGUAUUUGGGUUUUUCUGGAGAACAUUUUCAAAAUGAUGACGAGGACUCUAUGUAUAUUUCAAAAAUCGGUGGACAGGCUCACGGAAUCUACCGUUCGACGCAAGAGAAUCUGGACUCCUCGCUAAAGAAUAAAGCGGAACAUGGCCUAUGCUCGCAGAAGGGUGAAAAACAAAUUUUCACUGCUAACGAAAGUAUUUUUCCGCAAACCCCUGCUCAUGAUCUGUCUCGCGUGUGUAACUGCCCAAUCAAAAAAUGCAUUUCUUGCGGUCAGGACUUGACCCUUGUCGUGCAAGUGCAUGCACCGGAAAGUUUGUGUCCAGCCACAUCACCCUCAUCGGUGUCAGCCGCACUUGGCAAAAAUCCAGGUUUCCUUCCACACAUAAAUCACCCUCAAGGCGCGGACGAUGAUCAACUUAGGACUUUGCUUGUGUUUGCCUGUAAUAAGCAAGAGUGCUGUGAAAAAGGGAAAGGAAUCUGGGCAGCCUAUCGCUACCAACCUCUUUGCUCAGACAAUCCAAAAAAUCAUCAGCGUCCGAUUUCUGUAUCCAAUUCUCUACAUUUUCAUACAGUUCAAAAAACGCACUCAAUUGCCAAUUUGUUCGCUGCACCAAAUUGGAAUACCUCUCAGAACGAGAAUUUAGCUCAUCACGAAGACGAUACAAGUAUUCCAAUAGACGAGCUGACACUUGACCCCCCCCUUCAACCUAUUUCGGCCGAUACUUCUUUCGAUUUGCACAAAUUGGAAAGUCAGCAAGUGCCCCUAAAUUCCAAAAACGCCCAUACUAAUAAUGACUCAGAUAAAAUCGAGAAUUCAGAUGCAGAAACUCAAGACUUACUUUCAGUCCCUAAAAAUAUGGUCUCCGAUAAUAACAGUCAAGCAGCAAAACGCAAUUGUGAGUUUUUGCAACUUUAUCUUGAAUUUGACAGAGAGCCCAGUCGCGAAGAGUUUGAGUUCAAGCAAAAGGACAUUCUUAAAAAAUACGACCUUACCGAUUAUGACAAACCCGGCUCGUGGGCCGGUGAAGUUUAUGAGUCAUCUUUCAAAAAAUCCGACAAACCCUUUCAUCGAUUUCAGAAGCGUUUGCAAAGGGCACCAGAGCAAUGCCUAAGAUAUUGGAGAGGCUAUGAACCCCUAUGGUGCUGUGAGAAACAAAUACCAAAGCCAAUUCCUUGCUGCAAGUACUGUGGUUCAAGGCGAGUUUUUGAACUUCAACUUGUACCUGGACUUAUUGUGGCGCUAAAACCUGCGCAUGAAGAUAUGGCAGUCAAUCUGAAUUUCGGAACAGUGGUCAUAUAUACAUGUGAAAGAAAUUGUACAUCCAGUACAAACUCGCUUUUUGAAGAAUAUGUUCAUAUACAAAUGAUAGACGAACAGCGGCACAAAAAAUAAAAAAAAUUGUACCGCUCUGGUCAAAGCUGUCUUUUUGAUGUCCCAUACUGUCGCCGGCGAGUGCGGCAAUAGCCUUGUCUUUCACGAGAGUGAGGAGGAAUUGCCGCGCAUAUUGAUACCAGAGCUAUGCAGGCUGAUGUAUCACCAAGGAUGGGUGACGGGAACGGGAGGCGGAAUCAGCAUUCGUCAAGGGUAUGUGACAAACGGAAAUGAUAAGCAUGCAUUGGAAUGCAAGUAGGGUGAUCAUACUUUUGUAUACAUCCCCGGCAUUGUGGCACAAUUAAUUCUGAAAUGCAUUCAUUGAACACAAAUGUCGUUGUAUAUCAAAACAGAAAUAUAACUCGAGCGAGAUUUUUAGAGAACGUAUUUAUAUUGCGCCUAGUGGCGUGCAAAAAGAAAGGAUUCAACCAGAAGAUCUCUUCGUUUAUUCUACGGAACAUGUCUUGAUAUCUUGUCCGAAAAAUCUGCAGUUGAAGCCAAGUCAGUGUACACCUUUGUUUUUCAACGCCUAUACGAUGAGAAAUGCAGGUGCUGUCAUUCAUACACACUCGAAACAUGCUGUUAUGGCAACACUCAUCUGUCAAAAGGAGUUUAGAAUCACUCACCAAGAAAUGAUCAAGGGAAUCAAACGCGGGGCAAAUACUACCAAUUUUGCUUACUACGAUAUGCUAGUCGUACCAAUUAUAGAGAAUACCCCACACGAAAAAGACUUGAAAGACCAAAUGGCCGAUGCAAUGAAUCAAUAUCCUGAUUCAAAUGCAGUUCUUGUACGCCGGCAUGGGGUGUAUGUAUGGGGGCAAACAUGGGAAUUAGCGAAAACCAUGUGCGAGUGCUACGAUUACUUAUUUGAAAUAGCCAUUAUGAUGCAUCAAUCUGGAUUGGACCCUAGUAAAGUGCCAGCUGAUUCACCGUACAAAGGUGUGUCCUUGUAAAAGAAUUCAUUUAGAAACACAAUUGUUGGUGACGUUAAAA